GUUGCUGAUGCAAAGGGUGUCGUCGAGAUACACUUCCUCCGUUAUACAGACAGAUGUGAGGAUAACUUCGGUUUUACUGAUUGUGAUCCCAAAUUCACAUUUUGUUUGUCUCGGCCCGUCAAUGCACCGACUCUGACCGGCUGCUGGUAUGGCUGGCAAGGGGAAAGUGGCCACUACCAUGACGAGAAUGACAUUGAUUUCUCCACCCAAACUGACAUAAAGGGAAUCCCCAACCCAUGGGUCAUCCCUAUAAAUGCUCUCGAAAGGUCCAUGUCGCUGUCAGCUAAAGUUGUCGAUGAUGAGGUGUUCUUUGACGAAGAUUUAGAGUUCUGGCAUACGACCUUUUCUUUGACCACUUCCAAGUCAGUGAACGAAGCCCCUUGGAAGAGGGUGACGAUGACGAAGAAUGACCAUACUUUAAAGUUCAGGGCACGUCAGUACUGCGAGGAGAAUUACUAUACAUCUAGCUGUACUAAAUACUGUAAGCCUCGGGAUGAUUCAGGAGGUCACUACAGAUGUGAGGAUGGAACGGGGAAACACAUAUGUCUUCCAGGAACAAGAUGUGAGGGAGUAGAGGACGCCUGUGAGCCCGACCCUUGCAACCAAGGUAUCUGCUUCGUCCACAGAACAGACUACGGCUUCCACUGUGCCUGUGCCAAUGGCUGGGAGGGGAAAACGUGCGAGAAAAGGGAAGAUCCCUGUCAGUCUUCUCCUUGUCACAACUACGGAGCUUGUCUCUCUAAUAACCAAAGGACAUCCUUCAGCUGCAGCUGUUUCUACCCGUACACAGGGACGUUAUGUGAGACUGAUGCCAGCACCACCACAAGUACGACGACAACAACCUCAACAACUCCUACAACGACGACGACGACUCCAACAACUACCACCUCCACUACGCCAAUAGGUUCUGGUUCGAAUGAAGGCCUGGAGCAACAGCAGAUAAAGAAGAAAGAGAAACAUGAGUUCAAGAUGUGGUACUUGGGCAUCAUUGGGGCGGGUCUGCUGCUGGUUCUCUUGCUGUUACUUUUGCUGUUUGUGCGUAGGAGAAGAAAAAAGGCACAUGACUUCCCCAUGCAGAAUGCAGUGGUCGUAUUCUCAAAUGAUGAGAUGGCAUUUGACAAUGCACUGUAUAUUGAGGCAAAUGAAAGUAACAUAGAAGCUGAGAGACAGGCCAGGACCCUUCCUGCAGUCCCAACAGAGAAUGAUGACAUAGUGAAGCCAAGUUUUGAGAAUGUAGAUGAAAGUCAAGGAGCAGUUGGAGGAAAAAUAGCUCCAGAUGAAAAGAAAACGAGCCCAUCUGCUACUGAACUUAAAAGGGCUUCUGGCAGGGAAAAAGCAGAAGAGAAUCCUUAUUCAGAUUUUGAAAGACUACGGAAUGAAUCCCAGAGACAGAGAGAGGCAAUAUAUGACAACAAUGAAGAGGAUGAUUACCAAGAUCUUGAUGAAAUGGCCAUAAACUUACAGUUUGUCUCUGAUGGCAGCCCCUAUGACAACAGCCUUCAUGUUGAUCUGAGCUCAGCUCAAACCGAUGAAGUUUCUUCCAGUGAUCCUGAUGCUCAAACAAACCCUGGAGUCAAUGAAGACACCCCUCCACAGCAACUGAGUGACCCCGAUGAAAUAGUGCCUCCUCCCAGGUCUCAGAGAAUUUUGCAAUCAUCAUUGAUUAUAGAUCAAGUAACAACCUCUUCUACCAGCAUGAAUGGAGAAGAAAAUGUUUCUAUCCGUGGAGAGGAAACUCGUCAAGAAAAUGAUGAAGAUGAAGAUGUGGAAUUAUCUAGUGAUGAUGACCAAGAAGACAUUGCUCACCUCAAAAGAUCUGUUCGGGCAAGUCAAAAACAUCUGCACAUGGAGAACCCCACAUUUCAGAACGAUUGCUGAAA